GUAUAAAUAUUUUUCUAACAAAUCUAAUUAAAUAUUAUUAGGAAUCAAAUCUAUAUUUAAUUAUAUUUAUUAAAUAUAGAACUUUUAAAACCGUAUUUCUUACUUAGUAUAAUCCUAUUUUGUAAUAUUAUGAAUUAUGUAAAGAAAAACGAAAAAUUCUAUCGCAAAUAUUGAGGUGGGUCGUAAAUGAAAUUUGUUUAUGUUUAUACCUGACGUUUUUGUCUGCUUUUUGUUGGAAUGUGUGUCACCAUCAAAAUCAACCUGGUUACAAUCCAAAAGUUCCUUUUGAUCUGGCCUCUACGAUGUGGUGCCUUGGUUGUAGCAGCAUGGACUUUUUUUCGCUCAUUAUUUUGCCUGUUUUUCUUCGCUACCGUCAUUUUGGAAGCAAUAGUGGGCCAACCAUCUCCUUUUGGCCCUAUCUUUGUACGAGGCGCCCACGAAGUUGACUAUGUUUAUGCCACAUAUUACUUAUUCGUGAUACUGCUACUUGCAGAAGUUACCUUAUUUGUUUUUACUAUUGUCCUUACUAUUGGAGUGAUUGAUGAUCACGCGUGCUAUAUCCUUCUAUAUCUGACGUCACGUUUCUCAUCAUGGUUAGCUGAAGUAAUAGCGCUUUCAAUACUGACCAUCAUACACCGUCUACUUAUCGGCUGGUAUUUGGGUAUGCUGUUCUUUGUGGUUUUGGAAGUCUACUCAUUCAUCGUUGUGUAUAGUUACUACACAACCUUUCAAGAAGAUUGUUGCAAGUAACAGUGUGAGGUACUUAUAUCGCUUGUAUUGGGUGGAACAUCUUUAUCGUUGUAUAAAGUGAUAACUUACGUACACGAUCAUAACACAACAAAUACAACAGACGUAGAACAUACAGCUGAAGAGAUAAAGAAUGUUGCAUUCAGUCUGUACGUCACACAUGGUUAUUUAAUUGUAGUAUUUCUUUACCACCUUGCAAUAAGUGUGUUGCUGAUUUUUGGUGUGCAUUUGAGGAACAUAAAAUAUUUGCAAGAUUAUUUCAAGGCUGGAUUAUUUCUGUUAGCAUUAUCGCUUGUAGCUGCUGUGAUAGCCACUGUGUUCAUCCAUUAUUUAGUUACCCUGAUCCUUCUGAAGUGGAGUGUCCAAAUUUUAUACUGCAUCCUUAUUGUACGAAGUUAUUAUUUGGAAUUGGAAGAUGAACAGAAGCCUACUAACAUUGAAAUGCAAAAUCUUUAUAACCCACAAAGGCCGUCACAUUUAUAUGCUUAGAUUUAAUAAAGGUUUAUAAUAUUUAAUAA